GCACUAGCGGACACCAUGGCUCUGCAGGUGGGGAUCCUGGCGCUGGUGGAAGGCCGCCGUCUGCGCCGGAUGGGCCUCCAGGAGUCGGGCUGGAACAGGCUGUUCCUCCGACAGCAGGGCACCGGCCUGCUGGUCUACUCGCUGGUCAUAGACUCGCAGCGUCGCCUGGAGCCGGAGCAUGUGCGCAGUGCGCUGGCCGCCCUGCAGAGGCAGUACCCGCUGCUGCGCGCGCGCGUGGAGCGGGUGGACGGCGCCGAGCACCUGGUGGCCGGGCCGUGUCCGGACGUGCCGCUGGCGGUACUUCCCCCGGCCCGUCACUGGCUGGCCGAACACCACCGCCAGCUGCGGCACGUGCACAUCGACCCGGCCGCCGAGCCGCUCUGGAAGGCGGCGCUGCUGCACGAGCCGGCCGGCCUGGCGGCCGCGCCGACGGCGGCGCCGCACCGGGCCGUGCUCUACUUCUGCAUCUGCCAUAGCAUCACGGACGGAUCCAGCAACGGCCUGCUGCUGGGCCGCUUCCUGGAGAACCUGGACCGGCUGGCGGCCGGCGGCCAGCCGGACGUCUCUCAGACGGCCCCGCUGCCAGCCCCGGUCGAGGAGCUCGCCAAGAAGCAGCCGCGGCCGCCGCUGAGCCUGGCGCUGGUGCGCGCCGCGCUGCGCACAAUGCGUGUAUGGUACGGCCGCGAUCAGCACCCGUUCCUGGACCGGUUCGUGGCGCCGCUGGACCCGGACCGGCCGCUGGAGAGCUACUGGAACCAGAUGCUGCCGCAGGUGAUGUCGCAGCCCGAGUCGGAGCGGCUGCGCGCUCUGUGCCGCCAGCACGGGGUGACAAUGAACGCGGCCGUGUCGGCGGCCGUCAGUCUGGCGGCGGCGCGCCUGCUGGCGGCCCCCGGCGCGCCGGCCGGCGCCGUGUCGCCGCCCGUCUCGCUGCCCACUCUCUGGAUGGUCAACAUGCGCCGCUACCUGCCGGAGGCGCGUGGCGUGCCCAUGGCCGGCGCCGGCCUCCUGUUCGACUCUGUGCGCGUGUCUCGCACGGACGGCGACCACUUCUGGCAGCUGGCUGCUCAGGUGCGCGACCAACUGAACGACCACCUCGACAGCCGUCUGCUGCUGAAAACCAUCGAGCCGUUCUACCGCGGCCUCAGCCCUCCCGAGAAGCCGCCGCCGCCGCCGACCGCGCCUGUACCGCCGCGCAGCAAAAUCCUGUACGGCAUCAACAACAUCGGCUCGCUGGACACCGUGUUUCCGCGCACGGUGCACGUGCGAGCCGCCGAGCUGCACCGCACGUACCGCGACCACGCUACCACCAGCGCGUUCGGCAGCCACUGCUUCCAGACGGUGGCUGGCCGGCUCUGCUACGACCUGAACUUUGUGAACGGCCGCGCCGGGCCGCAGCACGCCGAGCGCUUCUCUCGGGAGGUGAUGCAGGUGCUCAGGGAGGUGGUCGGCGACGGGCAGGGCGGACAGUGAGGGAGGAGAUACAACGGAAUACGCCAGGCAAGGUAGACAGUGAGGGAGGGGAAACACCGGAA